AUGUGUAUAAUUGAUAAAAGCAAACCUUCCGUUGCUCGCGUUCCUCAUCACCGACUGCUGAGGAGUGUCCUACCAUGCACCCCAUCAGUCGCAUCGCGUUGCGUCCUCAAUGACGCGUCAAUGUCGCAAAUCCCGACAGUAUCGCCAAGGAUGCAAAUGCGGCGCGUCCUUCAAAGAUUUUCGAAGCAAUCACUCCUGCAGGAUUGGAACAAAAAUGGCGGUAAUGACGGGGGAGGGUGGAGGAGGGAGCGGAGGAAGAGGUGGAAGUAUCCCACAAUACCGUCUACAAGAAGCGCAGCAGAAGGAGACGCUGGUAAUAUAGCAGCAGUAGCAGUAAAAGCAGCAGCAGUAAUAGUGGUAGCUGCUAUCCUGGCAAGUAGAAAACGGGCUGCCGCAGCGACGGUGUUAAUAGUGAUUGUAAUCGCUGGCGUUUUGGAAGAGAUAGAUAGAUGUCAGGAGGGACAAGCUUGGCUGAGGAGAGACGCGAUACAGGCCAGAUGGUCUGAUCAGAAUACUGCUAUAAGAGUCCGCCUUUCGCGGCGCUAA